AAUGUAUGAAUCCUUUGGUCGUGGAGCUGUGGUGUUGUACUAACAUGGAUAAGUCUUGGGUUUGGCUUCCAAGAACUAGCCUUGAGUAUGAGCAAGGAGCAACUGAUUUUGUGAAUGCAUCAGCAAGGAAGCUGGGUAAUCCUCCCAACAUGUUUUGUCCAUGUAUUGAUUGCCGCAAUGUGUGCCAUCAACCAGCAGACACAAUAAUUGAUCAUCUGGUGAUAAGGGAUGAAGUUCCAAGCUCUUCAUUAGAAGCUUAUGAGUUGUUUAGAACAGCAUUUUAUGAAGAUGAGGAAAAUUUACAGUCUUGGAAAGACAAUGAAGAUCAACCUGACGAUGUUGAAAGAACACUUGGAGGUUGUAAAGUGAAAGGUAAACAAGAGUGUAAUGUUUGUGGGAAGGAUACACCUUUUAGAUGGCUAAAGUUUAGUAGAAAAAAUGUCUAUAUGGGCAAUAGGAAACGCCUCAGUCCUGGGCAUCCAUAUAGAAGAAAGAAAGUGUGGUUUGACAACUCAGUGGAAGAAGGGUUUGCUCGUAGAAUUCAGACUAGUUCAGAAAUAUUUGAGAUGCUGAAAGAUUUUAGAAAUGAUUUUGGAAAACCUUCAGAGAAGAAAAGCAAAAGGAAAAGAUCUGAUUUGGGUGAUAACGAGGAGGUUUCACAGGAAGAAUGUGAAGAAGACUUAGAUAAGUGGAGGAGGAAGAAGCUGUCUAUUCUCUUCGAACUACCUUACUGGAAGUAUAUGCCGGUGCGUCACAACAUCGAUGUAAUGCAUGUGGAGAAGAACGUUUCUGAUUUCAUUUUAUCAAUUUUGAUGCAAAGUGCAAAAUUAAAAGAAGGAUUGAAGGCACGACAAGACCUGGAAGACAUGGGGAUUAGAAGCAAUUUACACACACAAGUUCGAGGUAAGAAGAAAUACUUACCACCAGCUGCCUAUUGGCUGUCAAAGGCAAAAAAAAAAAAAAAUUGCAAGAGGUUAUCAGAAUUCAGAGGUCCUGAUGGCUAUUGUGCAAAUAUUGGUAACUGUGUGUCACUUGAUCCUCCUACAAUUGGUGGCUUGAAGUCUCAUGAUCACCAUGUCCUUUUACAAAACUUGUUGCCUGUUGCCUUGAGAGAAACUCUACCAAGAGGUCCUCGGAUUGCAGUGACCAGAAUAUGCAAAUUCUUUAAUAAAUUGUGUCAGCGUGUAAUUGAUCCGGAGAUGCUUUUAACAUUAGAGGCUGAGAAUUCUGUCCCUGUUGAAGAAGAAGCCAACCGUAAUAAAGAUGUUGAGACAGAUCCAUGCAUUCUUGAAGGUCGUCCCCUUCAGAGAGCUACAGAAGUUAGACUCACUGAUAAAGAAAGAAAAAUAGUGCAUCGAUAUGUUCUAAUGAACACAUCUGUUAUGAAUCCUUAUGUUGAGUAAGUUAUUUUGAGUUUCAUAUCUUCAUUUUAUCUGUUUUAACUUUAUGAAUACUAACUUAUAGAAAUUGGAAACAGUAUGCAUUUGGAUGAAUUGCAAAACACGGAUAUCCGAUGCAGAAAGAAUGAAACUCAUUUAUGGAA